CCAGGACCAGCCGGCCUGUAUAAAAGCCGGCCGCCCUCCCGCCACGGCAUCACACACACACACCGGUGACAGCAAGCGACAUGAACGCUCUGGUGGUUCUCUCCGCCCUCGUGGCUGUGGCCUCGGCCAGCGGCUUCUCGGCCCUGCCCUACGCCGGCUACGGCUACUCGGCCCUGCCCUACGCCGCCCACGGCUACUCGGCCCUGCCCUACGCGUCCCGUGGAUACUCGGCCCUGCCCUACGCCGGCUACACCGGCUACUCGGCCCUGCCCUACGCCGGCUACACCGGCUACUCGGCCCUGCCCUACAACGGCUACACCGGCUACAACGGCUACGCUGCGCCCUACAGCUACGCCAGCACGUACCACAGCCAGGACGAGCUGGGCCAGGCGUCGUACGGCCACGCCCAGGCCGACCAGUCGCACGCCGCUGUGCGUGACGCCUACGGCAAUGUCGCCGGCGGCUACAGCUACAUCUCGCCCGAGGGCAAGCCCAUCACCGUCCGCUACACGGCCGGCGUCAACGGCUUCCAGGUCGAGAGCAACGCGCUGCCCGUCGCGCCCGUCGAUACCAACGUCGCCCCCGUCGACACCAACGUGGCGCCCGUCUACACCGGCGUUGCCCCCGCCCCCGUUGACUUCACGCCCGAGGUGAAGGCCGCCACCGCCGAGCACCUGGCCGCCAUUGAGGAGGCCAAGGGCCGCAGCAAGCGCAGCGCCAUCUUCGCGCCCGGCUUCUACUCGGCCGGCUUCCCCGCCCACGCCGCCAACUUCUACUCGGCCGGCUUCGCCGCCCCCGCCGCCACCGUCUACUCGGCCGGUCACGUCGCCGCCGCUGGCUACCCGGCUGAGCUCACCGAGGUCAUCCUCAACCCGGGCCACGCCACCGCCUACCGUGUCGACCCCAUCGUCUAAGCCAACCGGCGCCGGACAGUCAGCCAGCUGCGGCCACGGCCGGCCAACAGCGGUCGGGCGUUCAUGUCGCUAGUCACCGAGUACCCGUGUCUUCGUGUCGCAAGUGUCGCACGCGCGCAGAGGGCGCAAGUGUGGCAGCGGCUCGCGCAGCGCUGGCGUUUGUGUGAGCGCCGGCGCUGCACCAGCGCGCCAGCUGCCAGCAGUGUGUUUCUCUGUCACGCACCGAGCGACAGUGCCGCCUGCACUGGGUACGAAACGCCGCACCAGCUCACAGGCCGGUCUACCUGUUUGAUGGCUGUUUCGUUAUGUUCAACAUCCGCAUUCAUCUGCGUAAAAUCAUUAUUUUUAAAUACAACUGCCAUUCUUUGUAAACA